GUCAAAAUUACCCGGCCCUUUUAUAGGGUUAAGGGUUUGCAUGGUGAUGAGUUGUGUGGUUCUGAGAAGAACCAGUUGAUUAUUUAACUCGACGUUUCGAACAGUAUGCUCUGUUCGCCAUUCCCCAGCAGGCUGCCGGACUCUUGCUGGUGGAGUAGUUUAAGUAGUGGAUGCUACGUUCAGUAGUCCGUUGAGGCGGGAGAUUCUGAAACACGAUGCUAAGUUCGGUUGACCGUUAAGGGAGAACAUAUCGAAGAGGAGAAAACUUAACUAAGAAGUUUUGAGGCAUUUUAAUCGAUGCGAGAGUGUUAGGGGAUUUACACAAGAGAACAAAGGCGACUUUUUUGGGAAGUGAUGGAUUUAUUAGGCCUAUAAUUGUACAGGAAAAUAGGCGAGGAUCUUGAGCGCAACAAGCUUUAGCAGGUUGGGUCUGGACUUGAUAAUUGAUUUCUUGUUAUAUACACACGGGGAAUUUCCAAAUUGAUAACCAAAGGUAUCGGUAUCUGUAAUUAUUUUAACUGUCGGCUUCCAUAAACGUUUCAUUUCUUGAAGUAUGAACAUUUCAUUGUUUGAAGUAUUGUUUGAAGUGUUCAUUUCAUGAGAAACUUUAUUUGUUUCCGCAAUAUCGCACUGUGUACCAGUAGUACGCUUUGUACCUCAAGGAACAGAGAUAAGUUAAUGAUCCACCAUGAUUUCCUUGAAUUCAAGGUAACUAAAAUACUAAGUUAACAACAUUUAUUACUGAAACUUGUUAAGAAUACUGCCCACAGUUAUUUGUAUCGAAAAACAAAAGGAAAGCCUGAGAAAACAACGCAGGCAAGAAAACUAGAGCCAAAAAUACUAACAAAAAUGCACGAAAUCAAACCUUCAAAAGACACUAAAUUAAUGUCGAAAGAAUUAAGACUGUGGGUGUGGCAUCUUUAUCGUAGUUACCUGUUUUUGGAAAAAAAACCUUCUCCUCCCCCCCCCCCCGAAAAUGUGGUUCUGGAUCUAUUUUCUACUUUUAGUUUUUUGGGCACUAGAUCUAGGCUUGAACUUCCCUACUGAGUCAAAGAAAUUUCUUUUGGUUUUGAUAGUUCGUUUGGUAGGCGGGUCGGACUCCAUGGAAGGUCGAGUGGAGGUGUUCUGGAACGGUGCUUGGGGGACGGUCUGUGAUGACUUGUGGGACCUACGAGACGCAACCGUUAUCUGCCGGGAACUGGGUUUUGGAGAAGCGUAUGCGGCUCCCCGUAAAGCUGCAUUUGGUGAGGGAACCGGAGACAUACUGUUGGAUGAUGUUCAUUGCACGGGUAACGAGGAGACAGUGUUUGAUUGCCAGGCAAUAAAGGGAUCGGGACACAACUGCGUGCAUAGCGAGGAUGCCGGGGUUCGAUGUAAUCCUGAUCAACCGCCAGAGAUUACCUGCCCACCCAAUCGGACGAUUCAUACAGAUCUUAACCAGAACUUCGCAACAUUUACCCUCCCCGAAGCAGCCUCUGCAUCCGACGACAGCGGACAUUUCGAAAUCGCAAUUGACUUGGAUGGUUCUACACACCGUGUUAAUGACGUAGUCAGUUUGAGUCUUGCCAACUCCCCAUACGUACUGCAAUACACUGCAAGUGAUGCAAACAACAACGUUGCAACGUGCCGCACGCAAAUCACCGUUCUUGAUACUCAGCCGCCAGAGAUAACCUGCCCACCCGAUAAGACCAUCGAGACAGAUACAAACCAGAACUUCGCAACAUUUACCCUCCCCGGCGCAGCCUCUGCGUUCGACAACAGUGGACAUUUCGAAAUAACCAUUGACGUUGAUGAUUCUACGCACUGUGUUAAUGACACGGUCAGAUUGAGUAUGGCAAACUCCUCAUAUGUACUGCAAUAUACAGCGAGUGAUGCAAACAACUAUGCAACGUGCCGCACGCAAAUCACCGUUAUUGAAAAUAAGCCGCCAGUCAUCACCUGUCCAUCCGAUCAAACCACCGAGACGGAUACAAACCAGAACUUUGCUACGGUCAUCCUUCCUCAUCCUGUCUCUGCAUACGACAACAGCGGAUGGUUCGAAAUCACCAUUGACGUAGAUGGUUCCAUGCAUCUUGUAAAUGACAGCAUCAGUUUGAGUCUUGCGCAGUCUGUGCACACAUUGCAGUACACUGCCAAAGAUGCCAUCAACAACGUUGCAAACUGCAACAUGCAAAUCACAGUCAUAGAUCUGACCCCACCUACUUUCACCACCGGUUGCCCGGGCGACAUUUAUCGUCUAGUGGACCUCAGCAUAGAAUCAGUCCCCGUGGCGUGGCCUAACGUGACAGCAUCAGAUCCAAACUCGCCGUUGCUAUGGAACCCUAGCCAUCACCCUGGUGACAUGUUCCCCGUGGGUAAUGUUACCAUGGUAACCUACACAGUUGCAGACCAAGACGGGAACGUUGCGUCUUGUAACUUCACCGUGACAGUGACAGUGGUGAAACUCGUCUGCCCAGCCAAUUUCUCGGCAUUAGCAAGUCCUGGCUCGACCAGUACCAGUGUGAGCUGGUUGGAACCGGAUCUAACUGGAUGGGACGGACCUACAAACUUCACCUCAAGUUGCAAUCCUGGUGUUGAAUUGUUGAUAGGAACUCACCGAGUAGACUAUCAGCAAUCGUUUGCAGCAUACAAUCUGCACUUCGAAUGUUCACUCUUUGUUGUGGUACAAGGUCAGUGCCCAACCAACACAACCAAUGACGGUCUGAGAUGGCCUGUAGCAGUAGCUGGAUCCACUGCCAAGUCUGUCCAACGAUGUCCACUGACAACUGAAAAUGCCGGUCAACCCGUAGCCGUCCGAAACUGUUCAAAGUUGGAGGCUCCUCUCUACUUCCGAUGGGAGGAGCAGGAGACUCGUGGCUGCGGGGACAAGAAGGAAGUGUCUCUCGCAAACGUCGUCAAGGUUGAGGUUAGCAAAGGCAAUGCAGUCGAAGUGGCCGAGUUUCUAGCCAAUCGGACGUCAGAUUCAUCUAAGGAGGCAGCAGAUGUUGCGAUGGUUGCCAGCAUUUUGGAGAACAUCGUUAAAGCAGGAUCGGGGGACAAAGAGGUGACAGAACUAGUGCUGGAGACUGUCAGCAAUGUCAUCAUGAGUGUUUGGCCUGAAACUCCUGACUCCGAGCCCACUCAUAUCGAGGCUGGUACCUCCUCAGCCAUCGUUAAAUCCGUAGAGACUCAAAUCUCCCUGACACUUCAGCAAGAGGGUAAAGUCAGUAUACGUCAGGACUCAAUCCACGUGGAGGCGGUCAGUCUUGAACCAAACCAGACCGGGAACGGACUCAGCUUCAUGUCCGUGAAACAGUCAAAUGUGACGUAUCCUGGACAAGGGUCACCGCAAGAGGGCACCCUUGCCGGUACCGAGGUCGAGACUUUGAACUCUAGUGUGAUACCGAGGGAUCUCGAUGUCUUGGCAUCGGCUCGGUUGCCUGGCAACAUCAUCAAUUUGUUACCGUCUCCUAAUGCUCAGCUGAAAGCCAGUUUCCUGAUCUACGCUGAUGACACGUUGUUCCAGUCUGCUUCGAUCAGAGAGCAUCGAGGGGAGGGUAACUCGACUCGUAAGGUCGCUGGAUCUGUCGUCUCACUGACUGUGGAGAAUGUUGAACUUGUCAACCUCACAGAACCAGUCGUGAUUGAAUUCAAGGAGGAAUCAAGCGAAGGCCAAUGCGUGUCCUGGGACUUUGAGCUGGAAGAUGGAGUCGGCGAUUGGACAACAGAUGGAUGCGCGCUUGCUGAAAUGACCAAUAAGACGAUCGUGUGUAAUUGCUCUCAUGCCACCAACUUCGCAAUCCUAGUGGAUGUGAAGGGCCAAGCACCUGACGAUAAAGAUGACACUCCUGCUAAGCGAGCGCUUGAUAUCAUCAGCCAGGUUGGCGCUGCACUGUCAAUCAUAGCUCUGGCUAUCACGCUGAUCAUAUACUUAGCUAUCAGGAAACUGCGAAGAGGCAAAUCUCGUCAGAUCUUCAUCAAUUUCUGCUUCUCGUUGUUCAUGCUGUACAUCGUGUUCGUUGCCGGCGUCGACAAUGCUAAGGGUUCCGGAGGUGGUUGUGUGUUCGUGGCUGCUUUACUCCACUACUUGACUCUGUCCACUAUGAUGUGGAUGGCCGUUGAAGCCAGGAACAUGUACGUCAGUACGGUGAAGGUGUUCCCUGAAGACACGCCUCGAUACGUGCUCAAGGCUUGCCUCAUCGCUUGGGGUUCACCAUUGAUUGUGUUGAUAAUCACAUUGGCUGCAGCAUCACAUCACUUUGCCAACGAACAUUACUGCUUCCUUGAGCCUGGUCUUGUGCUGUACCUCGGCCUCCUUGCUCCCAUUGGUCUCAUCCUCCUCCACAACAUCAUCACCUUCAUCUUGGUCAUGCGCAGUCUCCUGAAGGUCAAAGAGGCAUCUCGCUCCCAGCAGAUCUCCAAACGCCUCCAGAAUGCCGUGGGAAUCUCCGCCCUUAUGGGCUUGACCUGGUGUUUUGGGUUCCUGGCCAUCGAAGAAGCGAGUUUUACCUUUCAACUCAUCUUCUGUCUGGCCAACUCCUUGCAGGGCGUGCUUGUGUUCCUCAUGUUCUGCGCUCGACGCGAGGAGGUCCGCGACGCCUUUGCACCCUACAUGAAGCGCAUCUGCUGCGGUCGGGAAUUGCACUUGCCAAAGCGGUCAUAUGACGUGGCCUUGGUUUCAAGCACUGCUUCUCAAUCCAUCAGUUCCCCUUCUAGCAGUGUCGUCACCAAAUUUGACGUGUCCGCUACUGACUUCCAGGAGAGCGUGGUGGUCCUCAAGUAUAAGACAUCUGAUCAAGACAUCUGAAUGUUUUCCUUGGAAAAUUGAGGGGACUGAAACACUUAAAUUGAAUUUCAUUGUUGACAAAAUGCAGGAUUGAAGAACACCAUAUCAACUAUCCAGUUCGUUAGUAAAAACGUCACGCACGCGCGUGCACCACUGAUUGCUAGCGCCCAUUGGAUAAUCACUCAAGUUGUACGGCGUUAUCUUCCGGUUCCAAUUCUUCACAUGCUACUUAAUGGCAAGUGGGCGUGGUUUAACCUGAACUGACGAACGAACCUGAUACAUUUGACAAUGGCAUACAGCUGGUACAGAAUGACAAACCUCCUUUGGAUGAAUAAAGAACGACCAAGUAGAAAUUCAAUUUAAGUUGUAACUUCGAGUCUCGACUGGCCGAUUAGCAAGGCAUUUAUCAGAGAUAUGAAUGCGGCACACAAUAAUAACUUUUUCGCUCGAUGAAAUUUAAUCAAGAUCAGAAAUGAAGGGAGUUUGUCCUCUUUACAAGAAUUUCUUUGAUUGAAAAGGAAAAAGCUUACAAAAUGCACCAGGUCUUGGAAAGGGAUGGCAGGGAAAAUUACAACAGAUUAUGGUAUAAUAUUGUGUAUGCUUCGAUACAGUUUAACAAAAACACAUAUCUUAUUCAAUUAUAUAUAUCUAUACUUUUAACGUUGCUGAGUGUACCUAUUAAAGACACAUAAAAUGCUAACAUGAAAUGUUUCUACAUAAACUGUAAAAAGUUAGCCAUGCUUGCUUUGUCGGGAAAUUUGUCACUCCUAGGCCUCCUUGCAAAUUUGCAACAACCGCAAUCGAAUACCACGUAUAACUUAAAAAGCAUGUACACAAUUCGCUGAAUCUUUCAUUAUCAUACCAAACGAUAACGAUUUCUCUUGGGAGCCGGGGGAUGCAUGAUCAAAACUCCUCCGAUGAUAUUUGUUCUGCGGUACAGUUGGGGAACCCAUAUGCUUUUGUGUGGGUUGAUAGUUAUAUACUGACCUAAACAAGGAUAUAGUGCUUGUUAUGUACACGCAGAUUACUGUAGAUGCACAUUAUAUAUAUCUUAUAUAUAUUUUUUUUAGGCCUACCCAAACUUCAUGUUUAACCAUGCGAACAAAAUGAAGAUAAAAUAGAAUGAAAUACAUAGUAAAAAAGUAAAACCUAUGUUUCCGUAAAUGUACAUGUACUAUUAAUGGUUAUGCAGAUAAUACUUAACUGUAAAAAAAAGAUUUGAUAUACGAAGCCUCCUUUUAUUGAAAUUUUAAGUAGUACCCAGAAUGAUUGAAUAACGUUCUUUUGUAGCCUUAUUACUGCACUGUACGCAGAUGAUUCGUCAAUUUCAUUGUUCAUUUAAUGAUUAUACAGAUAAUUAUUAAUUGUAAAGAUUUGUUAUACGAAGCCUAUUUUUGUUAAAUUUUUUAAAGGGCCCAUGUAAUGUAAUGUGAUUUGUUAAUGCAGUCCUUGUAAAUGCAACUUCGUGUCCCAUUUAACCUUAUUUUGAAUUUUCAUUUUGCCAUGUAUAAGUGCAUUUUGGUGUCUUUUUGGUGUUUAUGCUAAUUCGAAUUUUCGAGAUUUAUGAGCAAUAACAGUGAUGUAAUUUUGGGCAGAAAAAUUGCCAUAAUUUUGGA